AUGGUUGCUGUUUCAAAUUUGCUCAACAGUGGGUUAUUAUUAGUUAGUCAAAACAUCUAUCAAGAUGUUGCUACUCCUCAAGAAAUGAAGGUUGACGGAUAUAACAUCUUGAAUUUCCUCGGUGGGCUGGGUCCCUACAUUAGUAGAGAGUCAUACGGUAUUGACCCGGCUAUUCCAGAUGGAUGUACCGUCCAACAAGUACAAUUGUUGUCGAGACACGGUGAAAGAUAUCCUUCGAAGAAUGUGGGGAAGAAGUUGGAAAAAAUUUACAAAAAGUUUCAAGACUUCAAUGGUACAUUCACAGGGGAUUUGUCCUUUUUAAAUGACUAUGAAUACUUUGUUCCUGACACUACUCAAUACGAGAAGGAAACCUCACCAAAAAAUUCUGAAGGUACAUUUGCUGGCACUACUGAUGCCUUGAGACAUGGUGCUGCCUUCAGAGCUAAGUAUGGUUCAUUGUACGAUGAAAACUCAACGUUGCCAGUAUUUUCAUCAAACUCUGGCCGUUGUUACGAAACCUCAAGAUAUUUUGCUAGGGGUUUUCUCGGUGAUGAUUUUGAUGAAGACAAGACGGUUAAGUUUAGUAUUAUUGACGAGGCAGCAACUUCCGGAGUCAACAGCUUAACACCAAGAAACUCAUGUCCUAACUAUGAUAAUUCAAUCAAUGACGAAACAGUUGCCAAGUACAACACCAGCUACUUGCAAACCAUAGCCGAUAGAUUGAACAAGCCUAACCCAGGUUUGAACUUGACCGCCCUGGAUGUCAACUCCUUUGUCAAUUGGUGUGCCUUUGAAAUUAAUGUUCGCGGAAGCUCACAAUUCUGUGAUUUGUUUACUAACGAGGAGUAUAUCAAGGCCUCGUACGCCAAUGAUUUGUCAAACUACUACUCCAAUGGUCCAGGUAAUAACUUCACUAAAACUAUUGGAUCCACUUUAUUGAACGCCUCGUUAAACUUGUUGAAGGAUGACUCUGCUAGCAACAAAAUUUGGUUGUCCUUCACUCAUGAUACUGACUUGGAGAUUUAUCACAGCGCAUUGGGGAUUGUAGAACCUUUAUCUGAUCUCCCAACGGACUACAUUCCUUUCCCCAACCCAUAUGUCCACUCAUCAAUUGUCCCUCAAGGGGCAAGAAUUUACACCGAAAAGUUCCAAUGCGGUGAUGACUCCUAUGUCAGAUACAUAGUCAAUGACGCUGUUGUCCCCAUUGAAAAAUGUGCCACUGGCCCUGGCUUCUCAUGUAAGCUUGAUGAUUUUGAAAACUAUCUCAAUGAGAGAAUCGGAAGUAUCGAUUUUGUCAAGGAGUGUGGUCUCAACUCUUCUGUUCCACAGGAAGUGACAUUUUACCAAGAUUACAAUGAGAAAGUUUACAAUGCCACUUUAGGUGAUUUUUAA